UCUUCCCACCUAAACGACCUCUCUGCAACUCCAAACCAAAAUCCCUUUACUCAUUUCCGAACUCUACUUUGAGCUCUUAUCCAAUUGAUUGUAAUUUAUAAACUCAAUUUUUUUUAUAAAAUUUUUUGUUUAAUUUCUAGUGUUCUCCGUGUGUUUUGUUGGCUUGGAUUUAUGAUUUUGCAAACGUAAAUCCAGGUCUGAAUUUGAUGAUUUUGCCGUUUAUCGAUAAGCUCUGAAGGGUGUGUGAAGAGUGAUUGAUAGGGCUUGAUGGAAGUGUCGUAACGGUUUGGUUUGAAUUUUUAGUUGAGGAAUUUGGAUCUUGAAGAGGAAGCUAUGUGCUGUUUGUUUCCAUUGACAAGGAUUUGUCAAAGGUUUUACCCCGCAGUUCGAUAUCACCAACUCUUACCAUCAGUGUUUUUGAAUCUGGUUGGCAGGGAGUGUUUCAAUGACCACCAUUUCUGAAGGAGAGAAAGAACUGCCAGAUGAAAACAGGAGAGUUGAAGAUGGAAUUGUGUGUGAGGGACAGAAUGCUAGUGCGGAUGUUGAGUUGAAGGUUGAGAGUGUUAUUAAAGAUGUAAAUGAUGAAGGUAGGAGGGCAUUACAAGCCCAAGGUGCUCUACAGGUGCAGCAGCAACAGAGUCAAAGUGGAACAAUCCGUUGGGAGAGAUUUCUUCAUGUUACGUCCAUUAAGGUGCUGCUGGUAGAGAGUGAUGACUCCACAAGACAUGUUGUCACUGCUUUGCUCCGGAAUUGCAAUUAUGAAGUGAUUGAAGCAGCCAAUGGAUUGCAAGCAUGGAGGGUUUUAGAAGAUCUAACCAACCAUAUUGAUCUUGUGUUAACUGAGUUAGAAAUGCCUUGUGUUUCUGGCAUAGGUCUUCUUUGCAAAAUCAUGAGCCACAAAACAUGCAAGACUAUUCCUGUUAUUAUGAUGUCAUCUCGAGAUUCUAUGGGUUUAGUGUUUAAGUGUUUGUCAAAAGGUGCAGUUGACUUUCUGGUAAAACCUAUUCGGAAGAAUGAGCUUAAAAACAUGUGGCAACAUGUAUGGAGGAGAUGCCAUAGUUCUAGUGGAAGUGGGAGUGAAAGUGGAACACAAACCCCAAACUCUGUAAAAUCAAAGAGCAUUGAGAAGUGUGACAACAAUAGUGGCAGCAGUGAUGGAGAGGACAAUGGAAGUCAUGGUUUGAAUAUUGGUGAUAGUAGCGAUGAUGGAAGUGGCGUUCAGAGUUCAUGGACUAAGCAAGCUGCUGAAGUUGAUAGCUCUAAAGCAGUGUCUCCAUGGGAUCAGGUAACUGAAUGCCCAGACAGCACUUGUGCGCAAGUUAUUCGCUCGGAUGCUGAAAACUCCGGUAACAGAAAGGUGCAUGUUGCUGCAACUAAAGAUUGCCAAGAAGAGAAACAAACUGACAACACAAAAUGCAAAUACCCUGCCACGAGCAUACCUAAAAGGUUGGAGACACAUGUAAAUCCCAUUGGUGCUCCAAUCAAUUCUGUGGGUGAAAAACAUAAGAAUGUGGUGGAAAUAGAUCCCAGUGCAAGCAAUAAUAGAAUAGAAAAGGAACAGAUUGACAGGAAAGAAUUUGAAGCUCAAAAAAUGGUUGCAGCUGUAUCAGAAAUUGAGAAUAACACCAUACAUGAGUCAAGAAAAGCAGUUACUGAGCCAAGUUUAAAGAGGCUGAGAGAAAUGAAAGAAUCAAGAGAGACCUCUCAAGAUGACCGUUAUGUUUUCAGGCGUUCAGAGCAAUCAGCCUUCACAAGGUACAAUACAUCAUCAAAAUCAAAUCCUUUGAGAACUCCUAAUGGGUUGACUGGAAACAGUUUGGUGAUUGACAGUGGCCUAGAAAGUGCAAAUAAUGUGGUUAGCAAUAACAUAGAUAUGGGCUCCACGACUAACAAGCUUGCUACAAAACCACUAACUGUUCAAGAUAAAUCAGAAGCAACGUGUACAACUAAUGGUUUGCAUCCCUCCUCAGCAUACAAACCUGUGAAAAACGAUUUCAGGAACUGCCAAUCACUAAUUAAGACUAGUGACAUGCAAGCUACAACACUGCUGGCUCCAAGCAGUUCUCACACAGACAUCCCGGAUCAGCACCUUCAUCAUCACAACAACCACUAUCCUCAUAAUAGUCAUCAUUUCCACAACCAAGAACAACAGCCUCCAUCAAACCAUGAUAAAUUCUCACUGAAGCAAUUGACAGCUAAUGCUCUUAAUUCUGAUUCUUCUAACGUGAUGGCUGGGCCUUUCGAAGGCAAGCUUGGAAAUCAUAGCUUGAAUAAAAGUGCUUCAGGAAGUAAUCAUGGAAGCAAUGGGCAGAAUGGGAGCAGCACAGCUGUGAAUGUGGGGGGCAACAAUGGGAAGACUGAAACUGGGUUAGAUGGCAAAGGUGGAAGUGGAAAUGGCAGUGGUUCUGGAAGCAGAAUGGAUCCAAACAAACUUGCACAAAGAGAAGCUGCUUUGUCCAAGUUUCGUCAAAAGAAGAAAAGUAGAUGCUUCAAGAACAAGGUUCGAUACCAAAACAGAAAGAGACUAGCAGAGCAGCGGCCACGCAUUCGAGGACAGUUUGUGCGGCAGACGGGGCAAAACAACCCUAGUAAUAAUGAAAAUGAGUGAACCACAUACCAUUCUUUCAUAUGCUGCACCAGGGACCAGGGUAAUACAUGCACAAAAUGCUGCUGUUUAUUCAUACAGCCUCCCAACAAAUUCGCUUUUCUUUCAACAUCAGUAGUUUAUGUGAAUGUUUCGUCAAAUUUUGCUAAUUUUUUGUCUGCAGAACUUAACAACAUUAGUCAAUUCUCCAAUAAAACAUUUUUAAUUUUUUCAAGAAUUUCUAGGAAAUUGGAUAUGGUUUGACGUGGUUUGUAUUAAGAACUGUCAGAAAUUGUUAUACCCAAUUUGUGAUUCCAUGAAGAAAUUUUUGGAUUACAUCAUUCUGAGGUA